AUGUCUUCACCCGAGGCUCAGCCAAUUAAGAGAAUUCGACUAAGUUACGCCGAAUCGUCCUCAUUAUCACCCGCUAAAUUGGAAAUAGAUCAAGAUAAAGGAAAUUCCGAAUUAAUCGGUCGUAAUGCGGCUGAUGUUACUGGCGAAGGUAAAAGGAAUAGAGCGGUGAACGAACGGGAAGUUGGUCUAACCGAGUAUGCAAAUGCAUCCAUAUCGGGAUUUUCGGCAAUCGUUAAACAAAGGUGGGAGGAAACGUUUAGACAAGUCAUUGGCAGUGUCGUACAUCUUACAAAUUUUGACGUUCCCAAGGUUACAAAGGAAGCUAAUGAUCCAGAGGAUCAAGACAAAAGAGCCCUCGGAGGAAACGGAGUAGCCGAACCGGAAAUCUCGAUGGAGUCAAUAUUUGCCGAGAUGGGAUCUCUACUUGGCGAAGAGACAACACAACAAAUACAAAGUUUAUUAAAUUCCAACGGCAAGGAUCCACUUUUUGUUGAAAUAAAGCCAGAGAGUGAUAAAGAAAAGCGGAAGAGUAUUCACGAAUUUUUCAAAAAGCACUUUGGUGACAAAUUAAAUACCGAAACCAAAGAAAAGGUGAUCCGCGUAAGCAUGCACACUUUUAAGACCCGAAAUGAUCGUCGAAAUAGAAAACGAGAUGAUGAUUGGGAGGCGUUGGGUGGUCCUUAUUGUCAAUUUGUUUUGUAUAAGGAAAACCGCAGCACCAUGGAAGCCAUUGAUUAUCUGUGCAAAACUUUAAAGCUUCACGCGCGGGUAUUUAAUUAUUCGGGAACUAAGGAUCAUCGAGCAAUUAGCGUCCAAAAGGUUACUGCAAACAGGGUGAAGGCCGAAAAAUUGGCCGGAUUGAAUUCUCGUCUUCGGGGUAUGAAAUUAGGUAACUUUGAAAAUGUCAAAGUUGAUUCCGAGGAUGUUAUUACUCGAGCAAUGAGUGUUUUAAGAGACCAUGGGUUCAUCAACUACUAUGGUAUGCAACGUUUCGGUACAACGUCAAUUUUGACUCAUGAAAUUGGUCGCGCGCUGUUGCAAAAUAAUUGGGAAGAAGCCGUCGACUUAAUAUUAAAACCCAGACCUGGAGAUCGGUCGGAUUAUCAGAAAGCCAGGCAAAACUGGGCGGAGAAUCGAGAUGCAAAGAAGGCCUUGGAGCUGUUUUCAAAGAAGUGUAUUGCAGAAUAUCACAUUUUAUCUUCAUUUGUGAAGGCUGGAAAUAAUAAAGAUUGUGCGGGAGCUUUUAAUUCGAUGCCUAGAAAUCUUCGACUCAUGUAUGUGCAUGCAUAUCAAUCCUAUGUUUGGAACAAAAUGGUUUCCGAAAGGAUAAGAAUUUUCGGUUGUGAUAAACCAGUCGUUGGAGAUUUGGUUAUGCUUGAUGGAGAUGAUUUUAUGGAUACCGAGGAUUUAGUUGGUGACCUGAUUUCCAAUGAGAAUGCUACCACCAAUUCGGGAAAAAGAAAGGACGUCAAAGUGAAGGCCCUUACUGAAAAAGAUUUGCCCGAUUACACGAUUUAUGAUGUGGUUUUACCUUUACCAGAGAAACUUGAAGAAAUAGAAAAGCUUCGUUCUGACGUGCAGAAUUCAUCCGACCAGGCUAUCGCUCGAUGUACCGAACUUAGUAACUAUUUCAACGAGUUAGAAAAGAAUACCGAAGUCAUUGGUCAGCAUAUCGAAGAGUUGAGUCGUUUAUGGAAGGAGGAAGGAAAGAAAAAUCAGGAGGUCAUAAAGGAUGCUUGUCAUAAGCUCAUUAAGGGAUUUGGGGCUUAA